AUGAUUGUUGGGGGAAUUCUUUGCUUAAUAGUUAGUGUUUUUAUUUCUAGUAGCUCAUAUGAUUUUUUAGGCAGCUCCAAUAUAAUACCAAAUAUUAAAUCUGAAGCCAAAAGUAUUUCAGAUACUGAAAUGAAUAAUAUCGAUGAUGAGGUGUUAACAAUUUCCGAUCUUUCUUUUUUGCCAGAUACAGGAAUAUACCAUACUAAAAACCGUACACAAAUUGGAAAUGAAAACGCUACAUUUUAUAUUUUGGUUCGUAAUAGUGAACUCCAAGAAACCCUUAAAAUAAUGCGAGAAAUAGAGGAUAGAUUUAACAAGCAAUAUCGGUAUCCUUGGACCUUUCUAAAUGAUGUACCAUUUACAGAAGAAUUUAAACGGCUAACGACGGGCAUUGCGUCUGGAAAAACUGAGUAUGGGCUUAUUCCUACCAAUUUUUGGUCCAUUCCUGAUUUUAUUGAUGAAAAUGUGUUUGAGGAAGCCCGAAACGAUUAUGAAAGGCGGGGUGUUAUAUAUGGUGGUUCUAUUUCGUAUAGGCAUAUGUGCCGCUUCAACUCUGGCUUUUUUUUUCGCCAUGAACUUAUGCUUAAGUAUGAGUGGUAUUGGAGAGUGGAACCGGGAACUCGAUUCUAUUGUGAUCAAAACUACGAUCCAUUCACGUUUAUGCGCGAAAACAAUAAAACAUAUGGUUUUGUUAUUUCGAUUCCAGAGUAUGAAGACACUAUACCUACUUUAUGGGACACAGCAGAAGAAUUUUUUAAUGCAAAUAAAAAUUUUCUAGCAUCAAAUAAUGCUGCUCAGUUCAUUUUAGAUAAAUCAACCGUACGACCUGAUGACUAUUACGUACAAUCGAAAUCAAAGUAUAACCUUUGUCAUUUUUGGAGUAAUUUUGAAAUAGGAAAUCUCAAUUUUUUUAGAUCAGAAUUGUAUCUGAAAUAUUUUGAUUUUCUUGACAAGCGUGGAGGAUUUUUCUACGAGCGUUGGGGUGAUGCUCCUGUUCAUACCAUAGCACUUACGAUGAUGCUCAACCGCUCCGAAAUUCAUCAUUUUGCUGACAUAGGUUAUAAGCACCCUCCUUACUAUCGAUGUCCACAUGAUGAAGCAUCAUAUUCUUCUGGUAGAUGCUAUUGCGAUGAAAACCCAGCAAGCAAUAUUGACUUUCAACCUUUUUCAUGCCUUCCUAAGUGGUGGUUACAUGGGGGGCGACAUUUUCUAUAUAAAUAUCAUGAUGAGCUUUUACUAAUGUAA